GCUGCAUGGAGCAGGCGCAGACAAAAAGCCCUACAACCAGUUCUUUGUGGAUGACACCACGGGGCAUGUGUACAUCCGUGGGACUCUAGACCGAGAGAAGAAAGAGAUGUAUGUGCUCACUGGAAUAGCCCACUUUCAUAACGGCACCAUAGCAGAGAAGAAGAUCGACCUGAUAUUUGAAGUGGAGGAUGAGAACGACAACCCCCCAGUGUUCCCCGUCGUGCCCCCAGUGUCUGUGAACGAGAGCAGCCCUGCAGGCACUCUGGUGACUGUAUUUGCAGCAAAUGAUACAGAUAAACCUGGAACUCUUAACGCUAAGAUCAACUACACCAUUAUCAAGCAGGAGCCCCCAGAUGACAAACCUCUGUUUUACAUUGAUGAAGGCACUGGUGCUAUCUACAUCAAAGAAGACUGGCUGGACAGAGAGAGGCAAGACAACUACACUCUCACAAUUAAAGGAGUGGACAUGGCCGGAGAUCCCAAAGGUAGAUCUGGAACGGGUACAAUCGAAAUCAGAGUCCUGGACAUCAAUGACAACAUCCCCACUCUGGAGAAGGACACGUAUGAAGCCCAGAUUGUGGAGAACAAAGCCCAUGUGGAGGUGAUGAGAAUUAAAGCUUUGGACAAGGAUCUGGAGCCCACAGACAACUGGCUUGCUGUCUUCGACAUUGUUACUGGAAAUGAAGACAAGAUCUUUAGCAUAGAAACUGACCCCAACACCAACGAAGGCGUCCUCAUGUUGGAGAAGCCUGUGAACUUUGAACUGAACCCGGACAUCCAGCUUGGUGUUGUUGUGGCUAAUGUGGCUCCGCCGGUGAACCCAGGGCUCGGAGCCGAUGCUGAUCUGGACCUGGACUUGGGGAUGGACUUGGAUUUGGGGAUGGACUUGGAUUUGGGGAUGGACUUGGAUGGAGGAGGAGAGGGCGAGGGUGGGGGUGAUCUGGAUUUAGACUUAGAUUUGGACGCUGAUGUUGGAGUAGGUCUGGGAGUGGGAGCAGGAGGAGGGCCUGGUGGACCAGAUCUUGGACUUGGGGCAGGGGUUGGAGCCGGAGGAAAGCCAAGACCAAAACGACCGAAGAAGAAAAAGAAGAAAAGACCAAAAGGUAAAGUGUAUGCUGUGAACAUCGCGGUGCAGGAUGAGCCAGAGGGAGCUGCAUUCACUCCGGAGGUCCUGGAUAUUCCUGUGUCCGAGAACCCAGAUGAGCUGCCAGAUGGGGUCAUAGCUGUUUACCCCGCCAUUGACAAAGACACUGGAAAACCAUCUGAUAAUGUCACUUAUGCCAAAGGUUCAGACCCAGAGAACCUGCUGCUGAUCGACCCUGACACGGCAGAAAUCAAACUCCUGAGAGCACCGGACCGAGAGUCUCCUUUUGUCGUCAAUGGGACUUACAUCGCCAAAAUCCUCGCCAUGACAAAGGAGAUCUCCUCAAAGACUGCCACAGGAACCAUAGCUCUGCAGGUGAAGGACACCAAUGAUAACUGCCCGACGCUGACCAGCACACUGGAGCACAUCUGCACAGACGUCGAGGUGGUGAAGAUCACAGGGCAGGACCAGGAUGGAGACCCCAAUGGACCCCCUUUCACCUUCAAACUGGUUCCAAAGAAGACCAGAGGGGACUGGGAGCUCGAACGCAUAGAUGGGAUCCAUGCCAACCUGCGCACGCUGUCCCCUCUGUGGCCCGGGGUGUACGAGGUGGUGGUGGAGGUGUAUGACGCGCAGGGCAUGUACUGUCCGGAGCCCCAGACCCUGGAGGUGCAUGUGUGCUCGUGUGAGGGGGGCGAGAGCUGCAGCCCGGGCACUGUCCUGGGGCAGAAGGGCACACAGAAGAGCUCUGUGGCCGCGAUGGGAGGAGUGGUGACUGGGCUGAGCCUGGGUCUGAUCGCUCUGUUUAUUGCUGCUGUUAUGCUGAUGACCUGCAGAUUUGGAAAAGGACCUGGUGCAUUCUCAGACAUCCCCUUUCUCACCGAAGAGCACCUCAUGGUCUACCACACCGAGGGCCAAGGAGAAGACAGGGAGUUCCCUCUGCUCAGCUCUCCAGUCCUCAUGGCAGCUGGUGGAAGUAUUUCUCGGCACAUGAUCAAUACGAAGUCUGUCCGAACCGUGGGCCAGGCCAUCACCACCUCUGCUUUCGGUUCCCAUAUGAACGAGUACGAGGCGGUGGGGGGCAGGGUCAUGGGCAGCGGCCGUAUGAGGAAGAGCAGUUUUGGGGAGUCGGGCGACCUGUCCGUGAUGGCUGAGGAGAGGUUCGGAGUGGAAAGCAUGGUGGACUUCGCUCUGCCUGAUGUGCUUCUGCAUCAAUACUACGCACAGAAGUCCAGCAGUGUGAAGGACAGCUCACGGGACAGUCUGUUGGUGUACGAGUUCGAAGGUCGGGGGUCACCGGCAGGAUCAGUUGACUCUUUGGACUUGGACUUGGACGACGAUCUCGAGUUUCUAAACAACUUGGAGCUGAAGUUCAAAACGCUGGCAGAGAUCUGUGGUCCUCCUGUGACUCCUCCUCCAUUAUCGAAAAGGAACUCAGAGUACCAAACCCCGCCAACCGCUUCCAUCGCUUCUUCUUUCUCCACAUUGCAAGAUGCGUCCAUUUUAUCUACAUCAAGCCAGACGCUGCACAACCAAAACUUCUCAAACGUAACAAAAACAAAUCAGCAAAACGUACAGAAUCAAAACUUCACCACAAUCCAGAAAUCAAAAAGUUUGGCGAAUCUGAAUCUAGACACAUCUAGUUAUAGCAUGAAAGAUUUUCAGAGUGCUAGCGUUGUCCAGUCACCGCUAUUGAGUCCUCCAAGGGCAACAAUAGUGCCUCCAUUAGGUCAGGCGGUGGUACUGCAGCAACAGCCGGUUUACUACAUAACUUCCCCAGUGAUGCAACCAACUUCGCCAAUUUUACAACCUAUGCAUUAUGUUGUUCAACCUCAAGUUCAAAAUGCUAUGGUUUUCGCAGAGCCACAAGUACCCAACAUGCAAGGUUUCGUAUUGUUAAAUAACGGUUUGGGGUCCAUGGAGCAUACGGUGUUCCCAGGGUCGAUGUCUCUUGGUAGAAGGCACAUGAGCGUGGUUGAUAUCAGCCAGUGUGUAGGGGCAGAGCAAGCGCCUGGCAGUCAAUACUCAGGGAGAAAUUUGUGUAAACAAGAUAGAAGAAUGUCCGAAAGUGGAUUAAACUCAGCGGCGUCGUUAAGCGUGUUUGAUUUCGGACAGCACGUUGAGGCCAUACAAAUGCCCGUCAGUCAAACAUCAGGGAUGAGUACACAGAAAAAGGGGAGGCACUUAUCAGAAAGUCAGUUGAAUUCAGCAAGAUCUUUGGGUGGUUUUGACAUUGGCCAGUAUGUUGAAGUACAGCAAGUGUCUGCCAGUAAAAAAAAGGGAAGAAGAGUUUCAGAAGGUUGUUCAGUUUCAGAAGUCAACGGCAAUCUGUCUCAAAGCAGUACAGUGACAGAUUCAGGAGCAGUAAAAAUUCGCAAAAAAACUAGACAGAAGAUUAUGGAAGAAGUAAAUGAACAUGUUGUCACUGAAGAAGUACCAACGGCCAACGUAACGGUCCAUUCAGACCAGAGUGUCAAGGCGUCCAGUUUUCAUGCAACGUCUACAUGCGUCAACGCUCUGGACAUGCUUGGUGUCCAAGGACAACCAAGCAGGGAUGACUAUCCAGUGAUGUAG